AUGGCCAGAUACGUUGGGAGGUCGAUAAAGGAACGCUUGUCGAUGCUUCUUGGAGAAGCGAUACAAAGUGUUAGCGGAGGAUUGAGCAGCAGCGAAGAUGACGAUAAUUUCGAGGAGCGAUCAAGAUCGAAUUAUAUUGAUGGCAGUCCAUAG